UGCACCUAACCUCUUUGCUAGCUCUAGAAAGAUCACCAACUAUAUAUAGAGAAGAAAAGGGAGAAGGAUAGAGAGAUCAUAAGAAGAAGUGAUGUCCCAAAUUAUUGACCACCACUUAUUUGAGGAGGAGAAUCAGAUUUCCACACAAAUGGGGUUCAUUCCUUUCCCAACAAACCUUACUUUCCCUUCUUUAGAUUGCAAUCAAUCUUUGAAAGCCUUCAGUUCCAUAGCUUCUUCACUUACAUCUGAAUCAGAUUCUACAUCAAACCUAACACAAACCCUACUCACAACCAAUCCUCAAAAAUCAAAAGAAUACCUCACUUCUAGCUUUGGAGGAAGUACUCCAUUCCUAUCCUUGCAUGGAUCCAUUGUAAAUCCAUGGGCAAUAUUGGGAGGAGAAGUAAUAAGUAAUUGCAUGAAUAAUAGUGGUAAAAGAAAUGGAGUAGAUCAUCGUGAUAAUCAUUUGGGUGUUUCUACUACCAUGAAAAUGAAGAAAAUGAAGGGAAGAAAGAAAGUGAGAGAGCCUAGGUUUUGCUUCAAAACAUUGAGUACUGAUGUGGAUGUGUUGGAUGAUGGUUACAAGUGGAGGAAGUAUGGACAAAAAGUUGUAAAGAACACCCAACAUCCCAGAAGCUAUUACCGUUGCACACAGGAGAAUUGUCGUGUAAAGAAACGUGUGGAGCGCUUAGCUGAAGAUCCAAGGAUGGUAAUAACAACAUAUGAAGGAAGACAUGUACACUCUCCUUCCAAUGAUCUUGAAGACUCUCAAACUCAAUCUGACAAUUUCUUAUGGUAGUUCAUACACAAACAUGUAUAAUAAUGCUACAUUUAUAAAUGUAUAUGUAUGUUUUCUACUAAUAUUAAAGGUCUAGGUGUGCUUUGUCGAGAUGAAAACGAUCAAAUAAGUACAGAAUGGAGUCAAAUUGAUAAAUGUAUUUGAACAUGUUAAGAUUUUUUUCAUCCCUUCCAAGCGCACCAUAUGACUGCUGAUUUUUCAUGUUUUUAUUUAGUCUUGGUGUUCUCUAGAUGCAUGGCAUUUUGAAUAUAUAUCCAGUAUGGUGUUCCAAUCAAAAUAUAAUAAUGAUAGUGAUUAACAUUUGUGAAUUGUAA